CCAUGCGCUCCGUUCUGGGUUUAGGAGGCGUCAUUUUAAUUUCUACUUUAUAUCUGUAUUGUCUGGCCUCUUAUCUCCCUCCUGUACCGCGGCUCACCAAACAAAACCGAGUGGAAGGGGAGGGAGACCCCGGAGGAGAGAGGGAAAUUAUCGGCUUGAAGUUCCCGUCCGAUCUGCAGGAGUUAAAGCAGAUGGCCAGGUUGUUACGGUUCUAUAAGCUGCAACACGGUGGCUUCAUCCUGCUCCUUUUCUCCAGUGCUUACCUGUACAAACAGGCCUUCGCCAUCCCAGGGUCAUCGCUACUGAACAUACUGGCAGGGGCGCUGUUUGGACCCUGGCUGGGUCUGGUGCUGUGCUGUGUUCUCACCACUGUAGGAGCCUCAAUGUGUUUCCUGCUCUCACAGUUUUUCGGCAAGCAGCACAUCGUCCGCUUUUUCCCAGAGAGAGUCGCCCAGCUGCAGAGAAAGGUGGAGGAGAACCAGAGCAGUUUGUUCUUCUUCCUGUUGUUCCUGCGUUUGUUCCCCAUGAGUCCAAACUGGUUCCUCAACAUGAGUUCUCCGAUCGUCAACAUCCCGCUUGCAUACUUCUCCCUCUCUGUACUCAUCGGUCUGAUGCCAUAUAACCUGGUGUGUGUACAGACAGGCGUGGUCCUGUCUGACCUGUCGUCUCUGGAUGACGUGUUGUCGUGGAGUGUGGUGCUGAAGCUGCUGCUCAUCGCCUGCGCUGCCCUGCUGCCAUCCGCACUCAUCCAUCGCUAUAGAAACACACACACAGCAUACACACACCCAGAGCACAAAGAUCGCUGAUGUACACUACACUCUUGCACACACACACACACACUCGUGCAUGCAGACUCAGUUUACAACGCACUUUUAAAUGUGUGGGUUUGUAUACGACGUGCAAUGUUACAUUAUAAUAUGGUGUGUUUGUAUAGUUUUGUUUUUGUUUUAUUUUUUAACAUCAUGUGAUCACAUGAUAAAUGGACAAAUAGAAACACUUCAAAUCAACUUGUAAUACAAUCCUGUUUAUCUGCUGAAUGAUCAGCAAAGAUUCAGUUUAUUAAUAAAAUGAUAUGAGAGGAA